AGGCUAUAUAAGCCAACCAACGAGCAACCAGAGCAACCAUGAGCUCUCAGGGCGAUAGCCAACCUUCGCAGGACAGCACCAUGACGCUCAUGCAGGAGAACCUCUCAGAGGUUCUCUACUUUGCAUACGGAUCAAACCUCUCGACUAAGCAGAUGCGUAGGCGCUGCCCAUACUCUACACCCGUUGGCCUCGCAUAUCUCAAGGGCUGGAGAUGGAUCAUCAACGAGCGCGGCUAUGCCAACGUCGUACAGCUCCCUAUCGAUUCAGAUGACGAUGAGACGCCAGAAGCUGAAGACAGCCGCCAGCUGAGCACAAAGGGAAAAGGCAAGGAGAAACAAACGCAGAAGCGCGAGGAGGGUGUAUAUGGGCUGCUGUACCUUGUUCCGGCGGAAGACGAAGAGAGCCUAGACAGAUAUGAAGGCGUUCCAUCAGCUUAUCAGAAGUUCCAGGUGGAUGUCAAGUGGGCAAAUGCGAACAAGGAAGAUGACGAGACACUGAGAGCCUUGGUGUAUGUUGAUGAGAUGAGGGUGGAGGAGGACGUGCCUCAUGAGGAGUAUAUCGAGCGUAUGGAGGAUGGAAUUGAGGAUGCAGUUGAGAAUUGGGGGAUGGAUGAGGACUAUGCUGAUCGAGUCAUGAGGAGAUUCUGGACUGAGAAGGACUGAUAUAUCUGAUAUCACGGCGACGUUGAGAUCGAGAUCGAGAUUGAGAUUGGUUCAUUCUUCGAGGAUCCAUGUUUGUUGGCUGAUGCUUGUUCUUGCGUUCUUUUUAUCAUCUUUUACCUCUUUUCAGAGCAAGUUUAGUUCAUGUAGUCAGACAGAUACACGAAGGGUCCAGGACAGCAUUACUGUUUGGUUUUGAUGAUCUUUUGGAAGUCCAAGUUGAAGUAAGCUAAGGUCGAUAGAUAGAUGUAGUGAUAUUACAGCGCAUGAACCACUAAACAUUCAGCGUCUUUCGCUC